GGGGGGGGGGGCACAGAUGUAAUUGCAGCUUAAGGGGAGAACGGCAACGCGGGGUUGAGGUCUACGUACGCGCGGGUGAAUGCUGCAGCAAUGGUGGCUGCAGCGAGCCGCUCGCAAGCAAAGAUGCGGGCUCCUCGGCGCCCACUUCGAUCGCCCCCCGUGUUCCGAAAUUAACGCGUGCUGUCGAACGUACCUGUACGCGCUUCCCAGGCGAAAGCGCACGAGAUCAACCAAGUCGGUGUGGCAGAAGCGGCGGCCAUUCUGGCGAAGGGAGAGGCCGAGGCUAAGUACUCCCGAUACCAUCCCGACCGUGAUUGGACACACGCUUCGGGGGCUUAAUUGUUGUCCUUUUUUCGUUCUUGGGUGCCAGGUUCUCGAGCUACGUGGUGAUGCAUUCCAGCACUUUGGAAACGCAGCGGUGGUGCAGAGCAUCGUCGACAAGCUGCCCGAUAUCGCCAGGGAGAUCGCCGCUCCUCUCGCCAAGACCGACAAGAUGGUCUUCAUCGCUGGCGACGGCGGCGGUGCCGGCAGCCGCCUUACGCAAGACGUUGGCAACAUCCUGGCGCAACUCCCCGAAACCGUUCAGGCACUGACGGGAGGUAACUUCUGCCGUCUAAGACUUCGGUAGACGUUACCCGGCCUGGAUACGACCAGCCAGAGACGCCGCAAUCGCAAUUUCCGCACCUUUGCAAAGCAUAGUGACCAACAAUACCUGAGUGGUGUGUGUGGUGACCAUAAGGUACUAUCUCAGCACCCAAUGGUUUAUCCGCGGGUGUCCGCGCCAACCUUGUCUUUUCUACGAUAUUGUCUGCUCUACUUGGGGUGAGGUAGUGCUGUCAGCAGGCCUGUGUCGAGGAUCACCUCCUGGAUGUUACUCAUUCUCUAGUAGCGAACCUUGCCACCGCUGGUAACAUCCAUUCCUUCUCCGGGCGCCAGUCAGACACCCUACCUUAUCGUCUAUACCAUGCGGCUCUCCUUUUUGUUUUUACAUAGUCGUCCCAAGCUCCUUGACCAUCUCCAUUUGUUAUCUGUGGGUAU